UGAAGCACAUCUACUUUUAAGAUCAAACGGCUUCAGGGUCCCCGUUUUGAGUAAGAGACUCGUUUUUAGAGAUAACUAAGAGCCAUUACAGCACAUGACAAAAAUACAACCAAAUAGAUUUUCAUCUGUGGUGUUUUGUAGAUAAUGAAUAUAUUCAGUAAUCAGUGUAAAACCAGGGAAUUCUUUCAAAUCAUACAAAGUACAGUAAAGGCUGUUAUCUGUAAAAUCUUAUCCAACUGGUAGUGAUUUCAACAUCUAUAUUCUGUUAUAAUUCCUCUUCUGUUUUCCAGGUGGCUAAGCAAUAAAGACGCUUAUAAGGCUUUAUCAAUUUGAUGAUAACAUAACUCCAUAAUGACAGCUUUAAAUCUUUAACCAAUUCAGUUGAAGGUGCAGAGCAAUAAAAGCGGAUAUUAACAUCCAGGGCAGCAUUUAAUAUGUUGAGUGUAUUGCAUACAAAACUUCCUGAACCUGAAGGCACUGUUAGCAACAUGAAAACAAUAACUAAAGCCUGGCUGUAAACCACUGCUACGCUCUCUGACCUCCUGUCCAAAGGGCAGGCAGAAUGCACUGCCGCAGUAUAAAAAAGUGAGCCCUUAUUAUUGCUGAGAGAGAGUCCAACCUCAACCAUGGGGCAGACUGAGGAAUGGGGAAAACCCGUGGAGAGGAGAGGGAGAUUAACCGCAGUCCUGGUGUUGGCAACACUCAUAUCUGCAUUUGGCUCAUCGUUCCAGUAUGGUUACAAUGUGGCUGUGGUCAACUCUCCUUCACCGUUCAUGCAGCACUUCUUUAAUGCCACCUACAUGGAGCGUUACGACACACCAAUGGAAAGCACCGUCCUGACCCUGCUGUGGUCUCUCACUGUGUCCAUGUACCCACUUGGAGGCUUCUUCGGCUCUCUGAUGGUCGCCCCUCUGGUCAACAAACUAGGGAGGAAGGGUACCCUUCUCUUCAACAACAUCUUCUCCAUCGUCCCUGCUGUGAUGAUGGGAGUCAGUGAGAUCGCCAAGACCUAUGAGAUCAUCAUUGUGGCGAGGUUCAUAGUGGGCAUCUGUGCAGGUCUCUCAUCCAACGUGGUGCCCAUGUAUCUUGGAGAACUCGCCCCCAAAAACCUGAGAGGAGCCAUUGGUAUCGUACCUCAGCUCUUCAUCACUAUCGGCAUCCUCAGCGCACAAGUGCUAGGCAUCAGAAACAUAUUAGGCAACAGCACAGGAUGGACACUCAUGCUGGGUUUGACUGGUAUCCCCGCCCUGGUAGAGCUCCUGCUGCUGCCCUUCUUCCCAGAGAGCCCCAGGUACCUGCUCAUCCAGAGAGGAGAUGAGAAGACGGCUCUGAAAUCUUUGCAGCGUCUGCGCGGCAGAGAGGAUGUGGAUGCAGAGCUGUCAGAGAUGCGUCUGGAGGGCGAGUCGGAGAAGGCCGAGGGCCACCUGUCUGUGCUCACCCUGCUGUCCCAGCGCUCGCUACGCUGGCAGCUCAUCUCCAUCAUCGUCAUGAACAUGGGCCAGCAGCUGUCGGGGGUCAAUGCGAUCUACUACUAUGCAGACAGCAUAUAUGCCACUGCAGGUGUGAGUCCGAACGUCAUACAGUACGUCACAGUGGGAACAGGUGCAGUGAAUGUCUUCAUGACCAUCGCAGCUGUCUUCAUCGUUGAGAAGGCAGGGAGAAGGCUGCUCCUCCUCUGUGGCUUUGGGAUCUGCUGUGGAGCCUGUGUGCUGCUCACUGUCGCUCUCAACUUCCAGGAGAGCGUGACGUGGAUGUCUUACGUCAGCAUUGCUUGUGUCAUCAUCUAUGUCAUAGGACAUGCCAUAGGACCCAGUCCCAUUCCUACAGUAGUGACCACCGAGAUGUUCAGGCAGUCAGCCAGGCCCGCUGCAUUCAUGGUCGCAGGCUCCGUCCACUGGCUCUCCAACUUCACUGUUGGCCUCGUCUUCCCCUUCCUUGAGAGUGGUUUGGGUCCAUACAGCUUUAUCAUUUUUUCUUUCAUCUGCCUGGUCACGCUGAUCUACAUCUGGCUUGUGGUCCCAGAGACAAAGAACAAGACUUUCCUGGAGAACUGCCAAAUGUUUGCCAAGAGGAACAAAGUGGAGAUCAAACUGAGCGAUGGGGAUAUGUCUCUGAAAGAGUGUAAAGAAAGUCUGGAGGAUGUGACGAGGGUCAUGGCCUUCUGAAGAUAAAUGAGAGCAUUCAGGGGAGAGGAAGUCUACACCCUGGGGAGAAUUCCAAUGUAAUGGAUAUGUCUUAAUUUAGCGUGUUUUCUAUUUCAAAAGGGAUCUUCACACAAUAUCUGUGUGUAUGGUUUUUUUCUGGCUAUUGUGGCUUAAACUUUUUUUUUUACAGAAUAUUUAGAUUUUUAGACCAAAAAGAUAAUAAAGCAAACAAGAAGAAAGAUAAUGAAGAUGCAAACCUCCCUCUGUUUUAUAGCCACUAUUAUGCAUUCCUGGUGGCCUUACAGAAAACACCUGAAUAAAAUAAUAUUUAAAAAAUAUGUGCUUUAUGUUGAACAAUCAUAUUUUGACAAUAGGAAGUUUUAUAGGGGAGUUAAACAAAGUCCUCUUAUUACCUAUAACUACAUAUUAUUAUAACUAACUUAUAUUGAUAUGUUUAGUAACAGGCAUUUAGGCUAUAUAGAAUACAUAAGUUUGCACCAGCAUGUCAUAACGUAAGUGCCUUCCUCUCUACGAUCCUGUAUGACUUUUAAUUUUACCUUAGCAGGUGCUAGAAAUAUAGUAAAACUUGAUAACAUGCAGCCAUUUAAAGGUGUGAAUGUGAACUUGAGCCAUUAAACAAACCAGUGAGUCA